UGAUUCUAGUCUCCGCCCUGUGUACGGGAGUUUGCAUGUUCUCCCCAUGCUAUGCAGGUUUCUUCCUGGUACUCCAGUUUCCUCCCCCAGUACAAAGACAUGCAUUGUAAGCUGUCCAUAGUGUGGGGAUGGGUGUGUGAUUGUGCCCUGUGAUGAGUUAGCACUCCGUCCACCUUUUGCCCCGAGUUCCUUGAGUUAGGCUCCAUGCUCCCCACAACCCUGGAUAGGAUGAGAAACGAAACUGAAAUUACGAAACUAAAACGAAACUAAACUAAAAAUGGACCCCUGGACCCCACUUCGAGUUUUACAGAGCUCGAAUACACUAUCCCUUCAUUUCGUGUAUGAAAGCGAAUUCAGUUUUGUUUUGGUUUUUUUUUUAAGCUUUUGUCGCCAUCUGCUGGUGGUAGCUAAGUAAUAAAGCGCGGUUAGGGAAUAAUGCAAUUAGAAAGUAGACUUCUGCUAUUGUGAUACUUCAGGAUAUUUUAGGUAACAUUUUUUGAUUUAUUACACCCUGAGUUACCAGUUUGCAUUGAGUAUAAUUAAGAGAAUCACGGAUCUUUGUAUGCAACGUUGUCUAAAAAUCUGCGGGGUUUUUUUUUCACAAGAAUAUUGUAAUUCUCUUUUAUGAACAGCAGAUGGCGGACGUUCACAGAGCUCCUGCUAUUUGAUCAGCUGAUCCAUUACAGCCAAUGAAAAUGCUGGAACUGGGUUUCUAUGGUCACAGGCAAUGCUGUCAGGAAGUAUUCACGAGCGGGUUACAUGUACAGGUCUUUAACCAAGGUAAAAUGGCGUCUAACUCCCACGACGAGCUUCAACUCAGCAAGAAACACGAGGAAAUUUUGGGGAAGAGAGCUGUUCUACUGCAACAGAUGGAGAUUUGCUAUGAGCAGCAGAAAGCUAAGAGAAACCAACAAGCCACUAUGUCCCAAGCUGCACUUGAAAGGAACGCAGAAAUACUGGAGGAUUUCCAGAAGGUAGAAAAACGUCUCUGGACACGCCCGCUUCUGCAUCCUGAUGUUCUCAACCUACAGACUCGUUAUUGGGCCUCAGUGGAGCAGAAGCUUCCAGAAUGGGAGAGCUACUUACUAGGGAAGAGUCAAGCCCCGAGGAGUGAAGAGAUGAUCUUACGAGGACUCCAGGAACAGAAAGUUGCUGAAAAUGACUCUUCACCUGCACGGAGUAAGAGCAGACCUCCUCGACCCAAACCCAGAUCUGCUGACUGAUGUGAAUUUGGAGAAGUCCCCGGAUCGAGCCCUAAUUGCGAUGAUCAACCCUGCGCUGGGUGACGCGGAGUGGCGGCUUGACAAAUGCGAUCAUCCGGAUGGCCGGGGUUGAAGUGGCGCUGGUUGGCAGCUGCCCAUGUUCCUCAGCUGGGACCCGCUCUUGCCCCGGAGGUCAGGGCACCAGUCGGCCUGAUGAGUGGGUAGGGAACGAGUCUGGGGUGCCAAGGUGGGGGUAGUUAUCAAGAUGGUGAAUUAUCUAAAAGGGUUUUGAAGAGCACGAUCUGGAGCCUUUCCAAAUGACUAGUUAUGCGUUGUGUAUACUCAUGAAGAAAGCCCUUGAGCGAGGUUGGCCAUGGACACCACCAUAAAGGAGAGGGACAAAACAGUGAGUGGGGGAUAAACACACACCUGGGCUUCAGCCAACCCUCUGCACUUGAUGUCUUUAUUUCAUUACAGGGUGCACCAUCAUAGCCUUGUAUUAUCAAUUGUGUUGAUUUUCUUGUUCUGGUAUUGCUGUUCAUCGUACGUUUCUUCACCAAAAAAAAAUCAAAUCCACUUUAAAUACAUUUAUGAGGCAAUAAUAAUGAUUUUUAUCCACACAUAGUCUGCUUUUAAACAUUAUGUUGAUUGAGACUGCAAACACUUGUGAUUGUCCUACACCACCGGUGAUUUGGUCAGUCAACAACACAUUGUACUUUUAAUCCCGCAUUGUACUUCCCUGAUCUUAGCCCGUGUGUUAAACUGAAGAUCAGCUUUAGGGUAGAUCUGCAGGUCCGAGUUAAUUAACCUCCAUCCUUUGUGACACAAGGGAGUGGAAGUGAAGGGGGAAUCCUGGGUCAGAGGAUUAACACCGGACAUCUCGGCAUUAGUGUUCCUGCCAAACAAUGAGACUGUUUCCAGAUCAGUUUUCAUUAGUAUCCAGAAAGGACAUUUUAAUAGACUUCUGUUAACUGAAUCCUUGCACAGAUGUUCUCUCCUUGGAGGAUAAGCAGCCCUAGUUAUGUUCCCAUUUAUUUUAAAUUGCCAGGCUGUCUGCAUUGAUCGUUGUCUAAUGGGGGAUUUGGGAGAAGGAGGUGUAGGGGAGACUUGUGAGAGCUCUAGUGAAUGAGCAGCAGAUUGUUUUGAGGUCAGGCCUUCGUCUUUUCUUUCUUUUUUUUUUUUUUCAACAGACUGUGUGUAACGUGUUGGGCGAGGGGACAGAAGUUCCCCUUCAGCUGCCUAGCCUCGAGGGCCAAAGACUGCUUCUGAACGGAGGUCAUGCCAGAGACUGACAUUGAUGUUAUUCCAGCGGGGCAGAGAGCCCACGUUCUGCUCCCAUGCUGCUGCCUGGAGACCUCUAAGCCAUAAAGCACCUUCUCAGAGCGUGCCCUUGACGAUUCGAGGCCUUGUGGGUGUGUAGGAUGGCUUCAACUCAAAAGCAGAAGCCGCCUUUGCACCCACUGAGGGUCUGGAAGAGCACAAACAACUGAUGUGUGAUGUUUUAUUGAGACACCUGUUCAUGUAUAAAUUGUAGGAUCUCAUUUGUUUAUAAUUAUAUUAUCAGAUUUACUUUGUGAUCUGCCCAAUGUACCUUUUUAUCUACACAUUUAAAAAAAAAAAAAAAAAAAAAAAAAAAAAAAAAAAUUUAGAUGUGAAAUUUUUCCAUUUUUGUGACAAUGGUGCAAGCACAGAAAUAUACCCGUUGUUAUUAUUGGUUUGUGUGUGUGUGGUUUUCUUUUUUUUUUUUUUUUUUUUUCUUUUCUUUUUGAGGUGGAACCUCAGCACAGGGUGUAAAUGUAUGAAGAACAGCUAAUUGUCCAAAAAUGGGUCCAAAUGGAUGCAUUAUGGAGAGGUAUAGUUAGGCAUCCUUUUGUGGUAUCUAAUCAAAUAAACUUCCUCAUUCCCUUU